UCUCAACUUACCAGUCAAUAAUUCAAGCUUCGACCACUAUCUCAUGCACACAACCGAGACAUUUGCCAGAACGGUUUCCGCCAUGGAAGCAGGCACAUCUCCGGCAGCUGAUGAGGCUGGCAAGGAUCUGGUAGCCACUGUGAAGGAGGAGCCGCAAGACGACAUUAAGGAUUAUGCAGAGACAACGAUGAACGAGCUGCUGGGGCUGUACGGCUAUGAUAAAGUGAGCAUACAAGAUACGCAACACCUGAACCUUGACAAAUACGGCACCGGAGACCAAUCACCAACAUCAAGUCGUGACGACACCUGCACGCCUCCCCUGUCUGACCAGGGCAACGACACGGAUGAUAUCAGCUCCAUUUGUUCUAAUCCCAAUGAGACAACGCUGGCAGCACAGCACAAGAACCUUGUAUCUGCACUGAACAGUCGUCACGGCAACAGGGAAGGUGAGAAAGAUUCUAGCACCCGCAUCAUUUGUUCCUGGUGUCAGAAGUCAGGAUCUAAGCUAUUCACGCUGAAGUCAGGCAAUGGCCACAAAGCGUUCUGCAGUGAACUCUGCUUCACCCAGUGUCGGCGAGCCUCCUUCAAGAAGAACAAAGUUUGUGAUUGGUGCAAACAUGUCCGCCACACGGUGAACUACGUGGACUUCCAGGACGGAGAAAUCCAGCUGCAGUUUUGCUGUGAGAAGUGUCUAAACCAGUACAAGAUGAAUAUUUUCUGUCAAGAGACGGAGGAGCAUUUGUCACAGAUCCAGUCCCAGAUUCGGUGUCCAUCUACAGGAUCUGAGGAUAUGGCGGGAGUGACGCCUGAGGAUAGCACUGUGAACAAGCAGAUCUUGAUAACCCCGGAUCUGUGGCUCCAGAGCCAAAGAAAAGGUGGGAGAGGUAAGCACAGCGAGCGCGAACAUGAUGCCACAGCAAAUGGCAGCAAUACAAGCUCGAGGAAGACAAAAGUCAAAUCUGAAGCAGCGGACAGUUCCAGAACAGAUUAUUCAGGUUCCAGACGUCACGCUGUCACCAGGAGACACCGCAGUCAUGAUCAGUAUGAUCGUCUUGAUCACACAAAUGCAGAGCGGGAUGAGCACUCAGACAGUACCAAUGGAGACUUUGCCAAAGAGAGACUUCGCCCUAAGGAUAGGUCACGAAUAAUUAAAACUGGAGAUACUCGUGCUUCCACCAGCCCUCCAAACCACACGCCCAAUCUAUUGUCUUCACCUCACGACUCGGCUAGCAUAAGUUCCCCGAUGUUACCACCUGGACCUCUUCACCCACACUGGUUUCCUCCAUCCCACAUGCUGGGCUCCUUGGCCGGGGCUCAGUUGGGUCCGUAUUUCCCCAUGGCCCCUCAGGCCCAUCCAAUGUUUUACAGUAACAUGACUCCUAAGGUUUCUUCAGCCUCCAGAAAAGGGUCGAGACAUUCACCCCAUCCCCCAACCUCCCAUGAAGUGGCAGAUUCAAGAUCUGCUGCCAGAGACAGUCACGGCGAGACAGACAUCCUCCCGUCUCCAGCUGAUCACCCAGCCGCUGCAAGAAUCCCAUUUCCAAUGCUAUUACGAGGAAUGCCCUCAAUGCCUGGUGCCCCGUUCGGAUGCCCAGUGUUACCCCCACUGCCAGAUCGCAGCGCCAACCCCAAUGUUCCAGGAACGCUGCCUUGUACAGGUCCCCCAGUUACAAUGAUGCUCCCCUUCCCUGUUGUGCUCCCUGUCCCCAUCCCAAUCCCUGUGCCCAUUCCUCUGACCAAGGAGCAGAUCAUGCUGGGCAUUCAAAAACUAAAUGGAAACAACAACAACACAGUUAAUUCUACCUGUGAAGGUAACAGCUCUUCAGCUACAAGCAACUCAGGUCAGGAAUUGAUUAAGGAGACUUCGGGACAUAGCCACGAAACCAGAGACCCUUCACAAAUGACUGGUCUGUCUCGCUGUGACAGCAGAGCGUCGUCAGCUUCUGCGCGCAGCUUCACAAGCCUGUCCAAGUCACCACUUCCCCGAGAGAUCACCAGUACAGUCACAAGGAGCAGCUCAAGUCCGACGGCGAUGGAGGGCGUUCGGAAUGAAGAGGAGCAGAAGUCUUCACAACUGCGCACCAUUAAUCCUAUCGCCUCCCCUGUGAUAAGCAGUGACGAGGCCAUUGAUCUGUCAACGGACAAAAGCGGUCAGAAAGCAUCUGCUCACUCCUCCGCAGUUAGCUAUGACACACACAGUGAAUCCAAUGGGCAAACUGUCCCAGUCAGGGGAGAGAACUGUAAUUCUGCGCUACCCAAGAUUCACAUAGUCAACGUAAAACAUGAGCCUCCGUUGUCACAAGAACUACCACUGCCCAAAACUAACCAUCCCUACAACAAGCGCAGGGGUCUUAUUCUUGACGCUCCGUUUGUUCCCAAGAGACCUCGAAGCCCCUCCCCCGAGAGAAGGGUCUAUGUUCGGAACCCUCCACGGGACAUAUACGAACUUCAAGCCAGGCGACGGUGUGUCCGUGCCAAAUUGCGGAGUAAAUGAUUUGAUCGUUGCUAUAUGAAAGGCUCCAUGAUCAUGGUCUUUGUAGGUGAUUACAUGUGGCAUCACUGUACCAGUCGAGACUGUCAAAACAUCAACCACACCCAGUGCCCAGAUGUGUACUUCAACAGUCAGUGUAUCACCCAGUGCCCUGGUGUGAACUUCAACAGUCAGUGUAUCACCCAGUGCUCGGUGUGAACUUCAACAAUCAGUGUAUCACCCAGUGCCCUGAUGUGAACUUCAACAGUCAGUGUAUCACUCAGUGUCCUGGUGUGAACUUCAACAGUCAAUGUAUCACCCAGUGCCCUGAUGUGAACUUCAACAGUCAAUGUAUCACCCAGUUCUCUGAUGUGAACUUCAACAGUCAGUGUAUCACUCAGUGCCCUGGUGUGAACUUCAACAGUCAGUGUAUCACCCAGUGCCCUGGUGUGAACUUCAACAGUCAAUGUAUCACCCAGUGCCCUGAUGUGAACUUCAAUAGUCAGUGUAUCACUCAGUGCCCUGGUGUGAACUUCAACAGUCAAUGUAUCACCCAGUGCCCUGAUGUGAACUUCAACAGUCAGUGUAUCACCCAGUGCCCUGAUGUGAACUUCAACAGUCAGUGUAUCACUCAGUGCCCUGGUGUGAACUUCAACAGUCAGUGUAUCACCCAGUGCCCUGGUUUGAACUUCAGUAGUCAGUGUAUCACCCAGUGCCCUGAUUUGAACUUCAACACCCACACCAUCCAGAUUUGAUGUGGCAGACUUCGGUAUUGAAUAAAAUAUUUUUACUGGCACUUUCACUACAUCUGUGCCCUGUAUGAAUAUGUCCAGGCUGCUGGCUAGUGUACACCACAUCAGCUGGACCAUACGAAAUUGAAUCAAAGCCUUAGCUGGAUUAUGGAUUUGUAUUUAUAUGUGCCAUUUCAUCUCUUCAUGAAGUCCUUAGGGAUGAUGAAAUCAUUAUUGAUGAAUGCGGUAAUAGUGCUGAUUUCAACAGCUGUGAUGCUUCAAGUGCCAUUACAGGCAGAACUUUAGUGCUUUUGGACAAAGGCUGUAUAAAUGGCCGGAA